AUGGAAGAUGAGGACAACAGUUCUAGUGAGACCGACGUUCCAUUGAAUUCUGAUGGCGAUUCAGACGAUGAUUCUGAUGGUGAUUCAGACGAUGAUUAUGUUUUUCCUCAUCUUGCAAAUGGUUAUGCAAAUCCUGUAGAAAUUGGAGUAUCUUCGAUCGAUCUCAGCGAUGACGAAGAUACAAAAAGCAACGAAGAAAAUGAUGAUGAAAGGAUGUUCGAGGUUACUGAUUCAGCGAUACAGAGAGCGUUAAGAGAAUAUGAGAGUCAUCGAAAUGCUCCAUUGACGGCCAAGACAGCGACGAGAGUGAUGGAGAGUUGGGGUCCAAGAAUUCUAUACUGGACCAAAGCUCCAAACUUUGAAGAUUGA